AGCGCCGCCUCGCUGGCCCGCCGGAGGACUGACGGCAGGAGCGAGAAGAUGGCGGAGGCCUCAGCGGCCGCCGUGCCCCAGCACCGCUUCUUCUGCCACAGCUGCAAGGGCGAGGUCAGCCCCAAGCUACCGGAAUACACGUGCCCACGGUGCGAGUCUGGCUUCAUUGAGGAGGUCACUGAGGAUUCCAGCUUCCUCGAUGGCAGCGGCAUCGAUGACAGCCCGGCCACACAGUUUGCAGAGCUUUGGGACCACUUGGACCACACGAUGUUCUUCCCAGACUUCCGACCCUUCCUGAGCAGCAGCUCCCUGGAGCAGGACAACAGGGACACCGAGAGGGGCCACCAAGCCCAUGCUGACCUCUGGGGCCCCAGCCGUCCCCCUCGGCUGCCCAUGACACGGAGGUACCGGGCCCGGGGCAGCUCCCGCCCCGACAGGUCCCCUGCUAUCGAGGGCAUAAUCCAGCAGAUCUUUGCAGGCUUCUUUGCAAACUCAGCACUUCCUGGCUCCCAGCACCCUUUCUCCUGGAGCGGGAUGCUGCAUUCCAACCCCGGAGACUAUGCCUGGGGACAGAGUGGCCUCGAUGCCAUCGUCACCCAGCUCCUGGGGCAGCUGGAGAACACUGGGCCCCCUCCUGCUGACAAGGAGAAGAUCUCCUCCCUCCCCACAGUGACAGUAACUCAGGAACAAGUCGGCUCUGGAAUGCUGCUGGUCCCAGUUUGGCUGUGCAGGAGCCCUGUGGUGAGCCAAAGCUCCUCAUGUCUCUUGCAGAUACAGGCCUGGAGUGCCCGGUGUGCAAAGAGGACUACGCGGUGGCCGAGCAGGUCCGGCAGCUGCCCUGCAACCACUUCUUCCACAGCAACUGCAUCGUGCCCUGGUUAGAGCUGCACGAUACGUGUCCCGUGUGCAGGAAGAGCCUCAAGGGGGAGGAUUCCAGCCGGCACCCGCCGGAGGCCUCUGCCAGCCAAGUGCAGGAGCGAUGGACUUUCUGAUGCUGCGGAGCUUCCCGGGGGGCUCUGCCUGGAGCAUCCCCCCCAAUGUACAUUGUAUUCCAAUUCCAACCCAGAGUAGCAGGAACCAUAGAGCAGGGAGGGACCUACUGCACUGAGUGCUGGCUUGCUCUCCCGAAUCCUUCUCCCAGUGUCUCCAUUGGAAUCGCCUCUCUAGUCCGAAAUUCCUUUCUUUUGGAGUGAUUUGCCUUGAGUUUUAUACUUUGGGAGCCCUUUACCCCAUCCCAAGGGGGGGCAGCCCCCUCCUGUCACAGAGGUUGGGGUGGGAAAGGGGAUUUGGGGCUUCUCCCCUCUGCCCCCUGGCAGCAGGAGGGGAUUGGGAGUGAAUCCAGGAGGAUUUGGCUGGGGAUUCCUUUGGCACUGGAGCAGCGGUGGCUGUCACACACCAUUGGAGGUGUCUCAGGUGAGGCCGAGGGGACGGGAGCGUGCUUGGGCCCCGGCUCUGAGCAGGAUUUAGUGGCUUGGGGGGGAGGGGGGUUUGGCUCCUCUGGGUCUGUCCAAGCCUCCCCCUGCCCAGCACCAUUCCGGGUUGUACCCUAUGGACCACAUUAAAGGCAACCUUUAGGAACCCA